GCCCUGUUUCCUCCUCUGUAAUAGGGGAAUUUCAGUACUGGCCCAGAAGUCUGUUCUUGAAGCCUGGAUGAGUUACUGUUUGCAAUUUUGCCAACACUCGUUGGUUGUAUGGAAUAGAAAUCCCUCAGCUCCACAGAGGCCCAUUGCAACACACAGAACUACUGCAACCCCCAAGGCUGGCCCAGGUGUGGUGCGGAAGAAUCCUGGUGUAGGGAAUGGAGAUGACGAAGCAGCUGAGCUGAUGCAGCAGGUCAACGUAUUGAAGCUUACUGUUGAAGACUUGGAGAAGGAGAGAGACUUCUGUUUUGGAAAGCUGAGGAACAUUGAGUUGAUUUGCCAGGAGAACGAGGGGGAGAACAACCCUGUGCUGCAGAGGAUCGUGGACAUUCUCUACGCCACAGACGAAGGCUUCGUGAUACCUGAUGAAGGGGGCCCACAGGAGGAACAAGAAGAGUAUUAAUAGCCUGGACCAGCCGAGCAACAUCCGAAUUCUUCACUCCAAAUCAUGUGCUUAACUGUAAAAUACUCCCUUUUAUUAUUCUUAGAGGACUCACUGGUUUCUUUUCAUAAGCAAAAAGUACCUCUUCUAAAAGUGCACUUUGCAGAAGUUUCACUCCUUUUCCAAUAAGUUUUGAGUUAGGAGCAUUUACCUGUAGCAGAGCAGUAUUAACAUCUAGUUGGUUCACCCAGGGAACAAAGAGGCUGACCAUGGGGCUCACUUUGUGGAUGCUGGUAGCACUGAUAGCUGGAGAAGGUGGAGACCUCAGUAGAGAAAUGUAAAGACUGAUUUGAAUUUUAAGUUAAUGUGAAAUCUUGGCAGAGAACGUUUUAAUAAAUAAAUGCCUUAAGAGUAUUUAAAAGAUGCUUCCAUAUUUCAAAAUAUAAAAUGUGUGUUUGACAUUGUGUCUGGGAAGGAAGGGCUGGAACCUGGAGCCUUUGGGACCUGCUGUUCCCAGCCUUCGCAGGACUGCUUGAUCCUCAUAAGCCCAGACGUUGGCCCAAAAGCAAAAUUUGAAAAGUUAUUUUGUAAGCCAUUUUGAUGUCCUUGACCAAUAGCAUGCCUGCUAAGAAGCACGAGGCAUUGUUGCCUGGAUGAAUAGAGGGUGUGUUUCAGGCCUGAGACGUCUGAGUCAAAGAGCUUGAUUUUCAUUGAGCAUUUCUCUGGUGAUUUUUCCAGUUAUCCCUGAUAAUUCUGUGUACUGUGUGUGUGUUUUUUUUUUUUUUGGAAAUGAGGUGUGUCCAGUUUUUACACCUAACAACUACUUUUGGGGACUUGCCCACAUCUCUGGGAUUUGAAUGGGGGCUGUGUCCCGUUUUACUGUCUUUUAAGUUUACAUUUAACAUGUUCCUCUUCUCUGCUCCCCUUGCCCACUGGGGACUCCUCUUUGGCUCCUUAAAAUUUGCUGCUUAGAGUGGAAGUUCAACAGGCAGGUGAUCAUACUGCAAGUUCUUUCUGGACCUCUGGCAAAGGGAGUGAUCAGUGAAGGCCACCACUCCCUUGGGAUCUGCAAGGCUGGGUGUUUUUUCGGUACCUGCUGUCCACAGCCCUCCACUGUUAUCGGAAUACUUUGCCAGUGCACUAAUCUCUUUGGAGAUAAAAAUGUUAGCGUGUUACUAAAUGUUAAUUUUCUUUUGCAGAAAAUAUAGUACCAUGUCUGAAUUAAUUAUUAAUAUUUAAAAUAUUUCAUUCCUUAACUCCCUCAUUUGCUUUGCUCACAGCUGACUCAGUUCCUUUGGCAGAAUUCUGCAACAUGUGUGUCACCCACUACUGAGAUUGUUCAGCCCCUGAUGUAUUUGUAUUGAUUUGUUUCUGGUGGUAGCUUGUCCUGAAAUGUGUGUAGCAAGCAGGUAUUUUAUGAUAAAAUUGUUGUGUAGUGCAUGCUCUGUGUGGAAUUCAGAGGAAAACCCAGAUUCAGUGAUUAACAAUGCCAAAAAAUGCAAGUAACUAGCCAUUGUUCAAAUAACAGUGGUGCUAUUUCUCUUUUGUGGCCUUUUAGACUUUUGUUGCCCUAAAAUUCCAUUCUGUUGGGAACCCAUUUUCCACCUGGUCUUUCUUGACAGGGUUUUUUUCUACUUUUAAACAGUUUCUAAAUAAAAUUCUGUAUUUCAAGAG